AUGCCCACUCCGAGUCUGCUCCACUGUCUGAUUAAUCACAUGGGUCUGAUUGGGGUAGGCAUCUGGAGGUGAGAGGUUUGGCUGGCGUUCAGUCUUCAUCAAAUCCUGUGGCCCAGCUGGUCUGCUGAGACAUCCCUCUCACCCAAACAUGGGUUAUUUAUCAGUACUUGGCAGAGAGGUGAAUGGGGCUGGGCAGGGUGAAGAUCCAUAGCUGAUGAUGGGUGAGUGGAGCUCACUAGAUCUCAGAAAUGUGUUGACUUUUUCCAUAUAUUGGAUGGUGGAUAAAUGAGGAUAAAGGUCACUUCCAUAACUAUAAUCUGUGCUAUAAUCAUUACCCUGACUACUAGUAAUAUCAGGGUUUCAGCAUAGUCCUCAGCAGAGAGGCUGGUAAUGGAAAGGUCACAUUGAACUCUGAACCUUGACCCCAUUCAGGGUAAGUACUACAGGGCUUUGUGGAGUUGUCUGUGACAUGGUGACCAUGGUAACAGUAACUUGGGGCAGCGGUGGGAGGGGACAGAUGGGGAGGAGGUUCAGGGGUGGGUUGGUAGGCGUGGCUUUAUACAUUAGUGUUCCACUCCUCUCAGAUAUCAAAGGCUGAAAUAAAAUGUGUGUAGAGGACAAAGGAGAGAGACCACAUGAAGGAGCAUUAAUAAUACAUUUUACAUUUUAAUUAAGAACAGUAUCGUGUUCCUUGGCAAAAUUAUGACAGAAUGGUUGGCUACCCUCCCCUCUAAACAUGUUGUGAGUGUGUUGUAAAGACUGAUUUGAUGGACCAGUGUGUUAUUGUAAAACAAGUGCUCCCAUUUAUCAGACGCCAUUGGGUUAUAAUAGCUAGCCAACAUCAGAGAUAGGACCUUGGUGUGCACUCUGCAUAAAAGUUUAAUUAUGGCUAUACUGUCUCGUGUCAUCUCGUCUCUGCCACAUCACUUUGGCUGCGUUUACACAGGCAGUCCAAUUCUGGUAUUUUUCCACUGAUUGGUCUUUUGACCAAUCAGAUCAGCUCUUUUGUCAAUAAUUGGGCAAGAGAUCAGAAUUGGACUGCCUGUGUAAAUUCAGCCUUUCUCUAUCCUCCCAGUUAGACCUGCUCCCCUAUUUAUCUGCUCCUACCAGCCUGUGUAUUUAGCUCGGGCAGGAGAGGGGCCCGCAGAAGGUCAAUAUACAUUUACACAAGUGCCCAGUGCAGUAUUACUGUGGCAACAUCAGCACAAACUCAUUUCCUAUCUAUCUUUGAACAUCUUUAUUACCCCAUCAUUGAUUUAUAGCCUAUCAGUCCUGUUGCCGUGUGGCGAGGGUAACACCGUGCAUCUGUUUGCCAGGGAUAAUGCCUUUUUGCCACACAGCGAUUGCACCACUAAUUAAUUUGAAUGCAAAAAACUUCCCUGUUGUUAUUGUCAGUUGAGACUGGGAGACCACAGUUUUUAAAACUUUGGUGAGGGCUGUAAUCCACAACUAAGGUGGCAAUUUUUUACCUUAAAUGCUCGGUAAAGUUUUCAAAUAAAUUUACACACUUUUUUAGAAUACUUAUGAAAUGCACAUUGUUAUAUUUGGUAACACUUGAUUAUUUUCCCUCGACUCCAACCCCAUUCGAUGCAUUGAAUGGAUGUGGGUGGAGCAAUGUCUACAUAAGGGUGCAAAUUAUAAACAUUCACAAAAGCUCUGACAAAGGCCUUGAGGACGAUACGUAAAGCUUAAUAAAGAGCAGUGAUACUAUCAAGAGCGGUGUGCGGGCUUCUUCUAUUUUAACAUCUUAUUCAAUUGUUACCAUGCACCUGGAACAAAGAUAGCUCAGAUGUGCGAGUGUCUUUUGAAUUUUGAAUCUGAGUUUAGCACUGAAAAAAAGUGUAAGGGAAGAGAAAUACUUAAAAGUACAUUUAUAUUCAACAUUUACAUAAAGUUGUUAAUUUUAUAAGUGGACUGUGAAAAUAGAGUUGUAUGAAGUAAAGUAAUAUAAAACCUAUGAGCUAACUUAAAGUUAGCAUGAUUCCUAUCACUCUGUUGUGGUUCUCUCUAUAUUGACUUUCUCCUGUCUGUCUGUCUGUCUGUCUGUCUCCUCUCUCAGAUCAGUAAGCAGCAGCUACAGACAGUGAAGGAGCGUUUCCAGGCCUUCCUAAGUGGUGACACCCAGAUAGUGGCAGACGAGGCCUUUAUCAAUGCAGUCCAGAGCUACUAUGACGUGAGGCCCAACUCUGUGUGUGUGUGUGUUUUAUUUGAGGUCUAUGUGGGAGUAUGUUUAAGUGUUUGUUGUCUUUUCUGUGGAUUUGUAUUCCGUAAUGAUUCUCCUGCUGUUUUAAAUGAUCCUCAGCGGACGGACCAGUCCGUCUGGAUAUUUGAAUAGAUUACUCACCUUUGGUCUGGUAAAUUAUGUGGAAUUCACAGACAGGCUGCUUCCUUCAGGCAAUCUUAUUAAUGUUCUCAUCCUGAAUCUGACAGAUUCAAAUGAAUUGGACUUCCCAAAAUAGGCCUCUGAAAUAUUCAGUCCAGACAGCAGCUACAGUGAGGGAAAAAAGUAUUUGAUCCCCUGCUGAUUUUGUACAUUUGCCCACUGACAAAGACAUGAUCAGUCUAUAAUUUUAAUGGUAGGUUUAUUUGAACAGUGAGAGACAGAAUAACAACAAAAAAAUCCAGAAAAAUUGCAUGUCAAAAAUGUUAUAAAUUGAUUUGCAUUUUAAUGAGGGAAAUAAGUAUUUGACCCCUCUGCAAAACAUGCCUUAGUACUUGGUGGCAAAACCCUUGUUGGCAAUCACAGAGGUCAGACGUUUCUUGUAGUUGGCCACCAGGUUUGCACACAUCUCAGGAGGGAUUUUGUUCCACUCCUCUCCCUCCACAGAUUUUCUAUGGGAUUAAGGUCUGGAGACUAGCUAGGCCACUCCAGGACCUUAAUGUGCUUCUUCUUGAGCCACUCCUUUGUUGCCUUGGCCGUGUGUUUUGGGUCAUUGUCAUGCUGGAAUACCCAUCCACGACCCAUUUUCAAUGCCCUGGCUGAGGGAAGGAGGUUCUCACCCAAGAUUUGACGGUACAUGGCCCCGUCCAUCGUCCCUUUGAUGCGGUGAAGUUGUCCUGUCCCCUUAGCAGAAAAACACCCCCAAAGCAUAAUGUUUCCACCUCCAUGUUUGACGGUGGGGAUGGUGUUCUUGGGGUCAUAGGCAGCAUUCAUCCGCCUCCAAUCACUGCGAGUUAAGUUGAUGCCAAAGAGCUCGAUUUUGGUCUCAUCUGACCACAACACUUUCACCCAGUUCUCCUCUGAAUCAUUCAGAUGUUCAUUGGCAAACUUCAGACGGCCCUGUAUAUGUGCUUUCUUGAGCAGGGGGACCUUGCGGGCGCUGCAGGAUUUCAGUCCUUCACGGCGUAGUGUGUUACCAAUUGUUUUCUUGGUGACUAUGGUCCCAGCUGCCUUGAGAUCAUUGACAAGAUCCUCCCGUGUAGUUCUGGGCUGAUUCCUCACCGUUCUCAUGAUCAUUGCAACUCCACGAGGUGAGAUCUUGCAUGGAGCCCCAGGCCGAGGGAGAUUAACAGUUCUUUUGUGUUUCUUCCAUUUGCGAAUAAUCACACCAACUGUUGUCACCUUCUCACCAAGCUGCUUGGCGAUGGUCUUGUAGCCCAUUCUAGCCUUGUGUAGGUCUACAAUCUUGUCCAUGACAUCCUUGGAGAGCUCUUUGGUCUUGGCCAUGGUGGAGAGUUUGGAAUCUGAUUGAUUGAUUGCUUCUGUGGACAGGCGUCAUUCAUACAGGUAACAAGCUGAGAUUAGGAGCACUCCCUUUAAGAGUGUUGUCACACCCUGGCUCUGGGGACUCUAUAUGUUGAGCCAGGGUGUGUAUAUUCUAUGUGUUGUAUUUCUGUGUUGGCCAGAGUGGUUCCCAAUCAGAGGCAACGAGUGUCAGCUGUUGCUGGUUGUCUCUGAUUGGGAGCCAUAUUUAUAGAGGCUGUUUUCCCACAAUAGUUGUGGGAUCUUGUUCCAGUUGGUUUGUUCCGUGUUGGUUGUUAACCUAGGACGUCACGUCAUUGUUUGUUGUUUUGUUUGUUCGUGUAUUCAUCAAAUAAAGAAGUAUGUUCGCUCAUCACGCUGCGCCUUGGUCUACUCCGUCUAACGAUCGUGACAGAAGAUCCCACCAUACCAGGACCAAGCAGCGUGUCCAGGAGCAGGCGGCCUGGACAUGGGAGGAAGCGCCGGGAAAGGAGCUGGAGAGGUUGUCGAUGGCCCAGGUGGGCAAAUCGUGGUCCUGGGAGGACAUGCUCGGGGGCAAAGGGCCAUGGGCUAAUAUUAAGGCCCUGGCGAGAGAGGAGCAACGGCGUCAACAGUGUCAUCGUCGGACGGACGAGAGGCAACCCCAGAACAUUUUUAGGGGGGGGGCACACGGCAUGGGCGACUGGGCAGUAGGAGGCUGCCACAGGGCGAAAUGGGAGACGAGGAGAGAAGGACACCGGGUUACGGGAGCCAUUGGUGAGAGGAGGGAAGGAAGUUGUAGAGGCACGGCGAGAGGUACUGAGGUGUAUUGCCAGUCCGGUCUGGCCCGUUCCUGAUCCCCGUUUAAGGCCAGUGGUGUGUGUUCCCAGUACCGUCCGGCCUGUUCCUGUUCCUCGCACCAAGCCUACGGUGCGCGUCGCCAGCCCGGCCCGGCCUGUUCCUGCUCCUCGCACCAAGCCUCCGGUGCGCAUCGCCAGCCCAGCCCGGCCUGUUCCUGCCACUCGCAUCAAGCCUACGGUGUGCAUCGCCAGCCCGGCCCGGCCUGUUCCUGCUCCUCGCACCAAGCCUACGGUGCGCGUCGCCAGCCCGGCCCGGCCUGUUCCUGCUCCUCGCACCAAGCCUACGGUGCGCGUCGCCAGCCCGGCCCGGCCUGUUCCUGCUCCUCGCACCAAGCCUAUGGUGCGCGUCGCCAGCCCGGCCCGGCCUGUUCCUGCUCCUUGCACCAAGCCUACGGUGCGCGUCGCCAGCCCGGCCCGGCCUGUUCCUGCUCCUCGCACCAAGCCUACGGUGCGCGUCGCCAGCCCGGCCCGGCCUGUUCCUGCCCUUCGCACCAAGCCUACGGUGUGCGUCGCCAGCCCCGGCCCGGCCUGUUCCUGCCCCUCGCACCAGGCCUACGGUGUGCGUCGCCAGCCCGGUCCGGCCCGUUCCUGCUCCACGUACCAAGCCAAGGGUGCGUAUCGUCAGCCCGGUCCGGCCCGUUCCUGCUCCACGCACCAAGCCAGGGGUGCGAGUCGUCAGCCCGGUCCGGCCCGUUCCUGCUCCACGCACCAAGCCAGGGGUGCGCAUCGUCAGCCCGGUCCGGCCCGUUCCUGCUCCACGCACCAAGCCAGGGGUGCGAGUCGUCAGCCCGGUCCAGCCCGUUCCUGCUCCACGCACCAAGCCAGGGGUGCGCAUCGUCAGCCCGGUCCGGUCCGUUCCUGCUCCACGCACCAAGCCAGGGGUGCGCAUCGUCAGCCCGGUCCGGCCCGUUCCUGCUCCACGCACCAAGCCAGGGGUGCGCGUCGUCAGUCCGGCACAACCCGUGCCUGGGUCACCGGUGCCUGGCCCGGUCCAGCCCGUUCCUGCUCCACGCACCAAGCCAGGGUGCGCGUCGUCAGUCCGGCACAACCCGUGCCUGGGUCACCGGUGCCUGGCCCGGUCCAGCCCGUUCCUGCUCCACGCACCAAGCCAGGGGUGCGCAUCGUCAGCCCGGUCCGGUCCGUUCCUGCUCCACGCACCAAGCCAGGGGUGCGCAUCGUCAGCCCGGUCCGGCCCGUUGCUGCUCCACGCACCAAACCAGGGGUGCGCAUCGUCAGCCCGGUCCGGCCCGUUCCUGCUCCACGCACCAAGCCAGGGGUGCGCAUCGUCAGCCCGGUCCGGCCCGUUCCUGCUCCACGCACCAAGCCAGGGGUGCGAGUCGUCAGCCCGGUCCAGCCCGUUCCUGCUCCACGCACCAAGCCAGGGGUGCGCAUCGUCAGCCCGGUCCGGUCCGUUCCUGCUCCACGCACCAAGCCAGGGGUGCGCAUCGUCAGCCCGGUCCGGCCCGUUGCUGCUCCACGCACCAAGCCAGGGGUGCGCAUCGUCAGCCCGGUCCGGCCCGUUCCUGCUCCACGCACCAAGCCAGGGGUGCGCGUCGUCAGUCCGGCACAACCCGUGCCUGGGUCACCGGUGCCUGGUCAGGUACCGGUCAGCUGCUCCACACCGGAGCUUAAGCAAUCCGCUCCUACGAUGUCCAGUCCAGCUCCAGCCAGCGGGGCCAGACCGGACCAGGGGCGCUACGGGGGGAUUAUUGGAGGGUGGUGGGCGAGCCCGGAGCCGGAACCGCCUCCGAGGAGGAAUGCCCACCCAGCCCUCCCCUGGUUUGUUUAUGUUUAGGCGCGGUCGCAGUCCGCGCCUUUAGGGGGGGGGUACUGUCACACCCUGGCUCUGGGGACUCUAUAUGUUGAGCCAGGGUGUGUAUAUUCUAUGUGUUGUAUUUCUGUGUUGGCCAGAGUGGUUCCCAAUCAGAGGCAACGAGUGUCAGCUGUUGCUGGUUGUCUCUGAUUGGGAGCCAUAUUUAUAGAGGCUGUUUUCCCACAACAGUUGGUUUGUUCCGUGUUGGUUGUUAACCUAGGACGUCACGUCAUCGUUUGUUGUUUUGUUUGUUCGUGUAUUCAUCAAAUAAAGAAGUAUGUUCGCUCAUCACGCUGCGCCUUGGUCUACUCCGUCUAACGAUCGUGACAAGUGUGCUCCUAAUCUCAGCUCGUUACCUGUAGAAAAGACACCUGGGAGCCAGAAAUCUUUCUGAUUGAGAGGGGGUCAAAUACUUAUUUCCCUCAUUACAAUGCAAAUCAAUCAAUCAGAUUUUUUUGUUGUUAUUCUGUCUCUCACUGUUCAAAUAAACCUACCAUUAAAAUUAUAGACUGAUCAUUUCUUUGUCAGUGGGCAAACGUACAAAAUCAGCAGGGAAUCAAAUACUUUUUUCCCUCACUGUAUGUGUCACGAUCGUCGGGAAGAGAGGACCAAUGCGCAGCGUGGAAUGUGAACAUACUUUAUUUAUCAUUCACCACACGAACAAAACAACAAAAGAUACGAAACGUGAAGUCCUUGGUUACAACACAAACCAUACGGAACAAGAUCCCACACAUGACAAUGCCCAAACGGCUGCCUAAGUAUGGUUCCCAAUCAGAGACAACAAGCAACAGCUGAUUCACGUUGCCUCUGAUUGAGAACCACCCCGGCCAACAUAGAAACACAAGCACUAGAAUAUCACCCUAGCACACAAAACACAAAGAAACAACACACCCUGGCUCAACAUAACAGAGUCCCAGAGCCAGGGCGUGACAGUAUGCGAGGUGCUAACCUGAAUCCAUGGUCAUCCUGUGCCCUUAGCUUUGAGUAUGGCUAUCCUUCCCAUCCAAUCAGUCCACCUUCACUCUGAAAUCACAGAAAGAUGAGGUUUAGAACACUAUUUCAAACCUACCUAAAAGUUAGAGAAAAGGAGACAAGAAAAUGUAGUGAGCGAAAAGGUGAUUUACUCUGCCUGUAGAAUUAAUCAAUGUGGCACUUCAAUAAGCCCAAAUUAGUGAAUUGAAAAAGCUGAAGCAGAUUAUCCAAUUAAAUUAAAGCCUAAUGGUCUUAUUGGCUGAGUUCUUAUUGGCUUACACACUCCCCACAUCCCCACCUGCUCUGGAAACUGGAGUUGAGACACCUGGGGUGCUCUUUGUAAUGCUACUGUAUGUGAAGGUGACAAUGUCUAGACAACAUUUCAGCUCUAUUUUCUAUAUCAGCAGUUCUAUAUUUAACACUCCCAUUUGUACAAUGUUCCCUUCUUUUUGGCCCACUAAGAGCACUGCUGCUGUUGCAGAACAAGUCAAGUGUCCAAAGCUGGCUCCAGACAGAGUGAUAAAUGUCUGUGUAUCUGUGUGUCCAUCAAGGCUCAGAGCGAUGGCCUUCUGUCUUCACCCUGCGUUAGGCACUGAUUUGGAACAGAGAGUCUGUCACUGUGAGCCAUAAGGAGGUUGCACGGUAGAGAGAGGGCCAACAUCUGAGUCAGCCAGCCAUUUGGGUCCCUCUCUCUAUGUCUCUCUCUUUCUAUUUCUCUAACCCACAACCCUUGGCAUGGAAAAUUGCUUUGUGGGGAUUGUGAAAAAAAUAUAUGUACAGCUUGGAAUUGAACAGAGUAGCACAACAAUGUCAGAUUGAAUUGAAACUACAAUAAUUUAUUUCCCUCUGCACCUUCAUCAUAAAGACCCAAAGGCCGCGCUGUAGCAAAGCCUCAAAGAGAGAAGAAGUACUUUUGCAGCUGCGUCUUCAUUUCACAUCCCUCCAGAAGCAAAGACGUGUCAGCCUGCUACCAGGGCUACUGUACGCAGCUGCAGGGGAGAACGUCUCAUAGAAAAUAAUGGACAAUUUCAAUUCAGGAAUUGAGUUAAAAUGGAAUUGAUCCUAACCUCUCAACCACACUGUAUGUUCUUCCCCCUGUAUGUUCCUCCUGCCCUGUAAUGUUUAAUCCACGUGCUUAAUGCCCUUUUUCUGCUCUCGACCGUGACAACAGAUAUUUUUGAAAAGUGACCGUGUGUGCCGGAUGGUCCAGAGCGGAGGUUGCUCGGCCAGUGACUCGCGGGAGGUCUUCAAGAAGCACAUUGAGAAGCGUGUCCGCAGCCUGCCCGAGAUCGACGGUCUGAGUAAGGAGACGGUGCUCAGCUCUUGGAUGGCCAAGUUUGACACCAUCUACCGUGGAGAGGAGGACCCCAGGAAGCACCAGCAGCGGAUGACUGCCAGCGCAGCCUCAGAGCUCAUCCUCAGUAAGGACCAGCUCUACGAGAUGUUCCAGUCCAUCCUGGGCAUCAAGAAGUUUGAGCACCAGCUCCUCUACAACGCCUGCCAGGUGAGAUAA